AGCAAGUAGCAACAGUAUCAAAUUCGCAAGUACGCAAUUUCGCUAUUGCGUAUCUUUCGUCCACUGUUUUUGCAGCUGUUCGUGUCGACUGAGUUAGAAGUGUCUUCGGACGAGAUGAGGUUUGUUAUCGUUUUUCAAUUGCUAUUUUUAGCGGUAAAUUCUUGUCGAGCGUUUCGGCAACAUUGGGGAAAUGUUUCUUGUUUGUCAUGGAUAGAGAGAUGCUACGAAUUGAAGCACUUAUCCUCCGUUAAAAUAUUCGAUCGAUCUUUAUCCAUCGAGUGCGGCCAGGAAAGGAUCGACUCUCGUUUAAUGCGAUGUUUGAAUGUUAGAAAUGUACAAAAGUUAUUUAUUAGAAAUUGUUAUCUGUCGGGGAUCGACUUUGGAAUAUUUACUUUCGGAUAUGAAAUCGAACGAGUUCAUAUAUUUUACGAAAGACGCCAGCAGAAAAGAAACUUCGAGAGCGCCUCGUUUAAUAACAUGUCCUCUCUGCGAUCUGUCGACAUACGAAACAUGAGAACGUCGGAAAUUCUAAACUUAACAUUUCGCAAUGUUCCAUCGCUGACUUCAUUGAGAAUUGGCGGCUAUAACUUCACUUUAUUUCCCAACAAACCGUUCCGAGAGUUAAUUAAUCUUUCCGAAUUAUACAUCAAGUAUGGUAAGUUAAAAGUUUUACCAGAUCUAUUUUAUAAUCUUCACAAUUUGACAAAACUUGAUUUAAAUGACAAUAAACUUGAAUCGAUUAAUCCACUUGUCUUUAGAAAUCUCACUCGAUUGGAAUAUUUGGAUUUAGGUUUGAAUCGGAUAAAGGAUUUACCCAGUGGCAUGUUGAAAGGUCUUUUUAAUUUAAGGUUAUUUUUUAUUCAGGGGAACCGUGAAUUAUCAGUAAUUCCUUCCGGAUUUUUUAAAAAACUGCACAAUUUGACUAUGUUUAUUGCAUCGAGAUGUUCGAUUUCUUCACUCGCAGAAGACGUAUUUUCUGACUUAAUUAAUUUGGAAAUCGUCAAUUUAGAUUCCAACCAAAUUGAACAUCUCCCGCCAAAUCUUCUGAGAAAUAACAAACGACUGACACAGUUUUCUUGUUCGAACAAUAAAAUAUCGACACUUCCUACAGAAAUAUUUCACAGACUUUCUGAACUUCGAUGGUUAUCGUUGUUGGGAAACCGGUUAGAAAAUCUUCCAGAAGAUGUUUUUCUGAAUUUAUUGUCAUUGCAAGAACUCAGUUUAUCAUUCAAUCGCCUGACAUUUUUACCCGAAAAUAUCUUUUUCCCUUUGACUAAUUUAACCCGUCUCGAUCUAUCUAACAAUAAUUUAACUAAAAUUAUCGGUGAGCAUCCUUUUGGCAGCAGCAAGAAUUUAAAUUAUGUCCGUUUAAAAUAUGCAGGUUUGACACAAUGGCCGGUGUUAGAUUGGUCAGAAUACAACUUGACUGAAGUCGAUUUUUCAAAUAAUCGUUUCGAAACCGUCAAAUUGCCAAUUUACACUCCAAAUCGCGUGGUAAUUAAUCUGUCUAAAUGUAAAAUCAAAACAAUUUACAUCGAUGACAAACAAUAUGGAUUUCAAAUGCCGUCUUAUGAUUUAAGUAAUAACGAAAUUACUUGUGACUACGAACUGCAGCAAUUCGUUUCUGCCCUUAAGUCAAAUGUAGAAGUGGCAAAGAGAAUAUUUCCAGAUAUAGAAAACACGAAAUGUUACGGAGAAGAAAGAAAUUUGCUGGAUAAUACAUCUUCCGUAGUCAUAGGAAAUUAUUGUCCGAUGAAUUGCCAAUGUUUUACCGAAGAAAAUCACGUGAUAGUGGAUUGUUCCGGAAAGGGAAUCGACCGAAUUCCCGAAGUUCUCGUCCCGAAUGCGACGUUUGUCGAUUUGAGUAAUAAUUAUAUAAAGGAGUUGGCGGAUGUCGAUCGUGUGACGUGGAAAAACGUCACCCAUCUGCGUCUGAGUAAUAAUUCAAUAAGUAUUAUUUGGGAUUGUGUUCUUUUGCCAAACGUUAAAUCUCUGUGGUUGGACGGAAAUCAAUUAACCGAAUUGUCUUACGGAUUAAUGAACUUGAUCGACGUUUCUCCGGAAUUUACACUAUACUUAUCGAGAAACAAUUGGAAUUGCCAUUGUCAUUCGCUUUUUAUUAAGGAUUGGUUGCUUAGAAACCGACAGAAAAUUGCAGAUUUCUCCAAUAUUUACUGCAGAAGAAAUUCGUCUUUUGUGUCUUUCAUCGAAAUUAUUUCCAAUGAAGAAUGCACAGAAAUUCCAGAAAUAAAUUUGACAUUUUCAGUAAAUGAUUCUUCUUCGAACGAAGAUUGAUUGGAUGAAGUCAGUUCUGUUUUUGGAUAGAAAAUCGCAGUGGCCAUUCUUACUUCGCUAUUGUUAUUCGGUUGGAUUGUGUUUGCUUACUCUGUUUAUUGUGGCAAAAAAGGAAACGUCCACAAAGUGCCAAAGCCUAAGGAAGAAGAAGUGAUUUAUUAUAAUAUUUACGCCUGAAAAAUUGUGUAAAUAGUAUAAUUAAAAUGCCCCGUGUUCGAUGGCUUGAAUGAAUAAUUGCUCAUAAAUUGUUAUUAUUUUUUAUUUGCUUUUAUUGAAAUUAAGUUUGUGUACUUUUUUUCAUUUUUAUCACAAAUUAUAUAAAAUGUAUAAUUAUUGCACAAUAAAGCAGUAAAUUAAGCAUAAA